AUGUCACAAUCACCAUCUUCUCUAUCAUCUGCCACCUCAUCUUCUUCACGGGUCAAUUCUCCGCUGGAUCAACCUCCACCUCCUAGAGUUCGUAAAAGCUAUAGUCGGAAUGGGUGUCGAGAAUGUAAACGAAGAAAAAUCCGAUGUCCUGAAGAGAAACCAUAUUGUUCUACUUGUGUUCGACUAGGUAAACAAUGUUCUUAUCCAUUGGCUGGUGAAAAAGUUCUUCGGAUAUCAAGACGAUUGAUUAAAGAGGAAAUUGAAAACAUGGGUAAAUCGACUCAAUUCUUACCGGUACAAUACGAUAUUCCAAGAAGAAUCAAACCCCAAACUCAAUCACUGAUUAAACCAUCACCAUUAAAUAUUGAAAAUUUGAUCAAUAGUAACGAUUUCUUAAGUGAUUCUGAUUUGAAUAUUUUAACUGCUGAUUUGAAUAAUUUAGUCUCAGAUAUAAUAGAAGUGGCCAAUAUUCCAAUCUUGGAAGAAGAUUUUCAAUUUAAUUUUUUAAAUGAACCCCUAAUAGUUGAACAAAUUACGAAAAAUGUUCCAAUUGAUUAUAUUAAAUUACCACGCAAACAUGAACAAUUAUAUUGGGAAGAAUUUUAUAAUAAUUUUGCUCAAAUUAUAGAACCAUUCCAAGCAUAUGAUGCUAAAACAAAAAAAACUUCAAAUCCUGCAAGAGAUAUAAUUUUACAAACAGCAGCUACUGAACCAUUCUUGUUGGCAGCAAUUUUGGCCGAAGGUGCUAAUACUUGUUAUCUCAAGUAUAAACGUCCCGAAGAUGAAAGAGCAUAUGGGGCUUACUUGUCCAAAUGUCUAAAAUUAUUAGAACCUGCGAGACAAACUGAUAUUAAUGCCAAUAUUGAAGCAGUUCUUUUAACGUUAUUGUUAUUAACUGCAGCUACUGCUACAUCACAAACUCAAAAAUGGCGACCUCAUUUAAUGGGGGCUAAAAGUUUACUAUUAAAAGCCAUAAAUCAAAACGUUUCUAAAAAAUUUGUAUUUUGUAAAUUUUGGUUUGUUUCAAUUGAAAUAUUAGCUGGGUUAAGUACCAAUUUAGGUGGAACUUUACAAACCGAUGCUGAAAUUGAUCAAUUGGUUACUCCUGGCAAUGAAUUUGAAGUUGAAGUGUUAAGAGAUUUGGGUAUUAUUAGUGAUCAAGGGUUCAAUAUACUAAUGGGGUACGAUAAUACAUGUCUUGUUUGUUUCCGAGAUUUACUUAAGAUUUUGAAUAAGAAAAGGUUGAACGUGUACAUUGACACCAUGAGCUAUGUCAAAUUACUCUCAGAUUUUUAUAAUCAAGCAAAUAUUGUUUAUAUUGAUUCGCGGGGUGUGAUUGCUGAAAAUGAAUUGACAAGAUACGUGUCUGGAUUACCAGUUGAAGAAUUAAGAAUAAAUAAUGUCAGUUAUUGGAUUAGUUGGCAAGACAUUUCGCAUCAAUCAUAUGUAUUAUCGUCGUUGAUUAUGAUUUUGACACGAUUUUUCGUCAUUGAUGUUUCUGGGUUAGUUGAUAAAAUCAUACUGUUUAUACAUUAUCUCAGUCAAUUUUCUGAUGUACAACAACAUGCUUCUCCAUAUUUGUUGUUGAUGAUUCAGUGGCCAUUGUUGGUGACUGGGUUAAGUACUACGAAACUCGAACAAAGACAUUUAUUACUUAAAUACUUCUCCAUGGUUGGUCAAAUUGGUGCUGCUGCCGCUAAUGUUUCUACACAAAUUUUACUAAAACAUUGGAAGGGAACAAUUGAUAUUGAGAACGAUGAUACAUUAAUUUACUAA